AUGGCCAUUGACGGCAAAGAUGGACUUUCCGUCCCUUCAGCUGCCUCUGCCCAGGAUGUCGAGGCACAGCAAGCCGCAGAGAUUCAUUCGUCCGCUUUCAAAAGUCUCGGGAUUCUUGAUCGAUUCCUCGCACUAUGGAUCUUCCUUGCCAUGCUCGUCGGCAUCCUCUUGGGCAACUUUGUGCCUGGCACAGGUCCUGCCUUGCAACGAGGCAAGUUCGUAGGAGUGUCCAUCCCCAUCGCAAUCGGACUGCUGGUGAUGAUGUAUCCCAUCCUCUGCAAGGUCAGGUUCGAGACGCUGCACCAUUCGUUCCGACAACAGACAUUGUGGGUGCAAGUCGGGUAUAGCAUCGUUGUCAAUUGGAUCAUCGCGCCUCUCUUCAUGCUUGCACUAGCCUGGGCGUUCCUGCCUGACGAACCGGGCCUGCGCGAAGGGCUGAUCCUCGUGGGAAUCGCCAGAUGCAUUGCCAUGGUCCUGAUCUGGACGGGUCUUGCCGGCGGCGAUGGCGAGUACUGCGCCAUCCUUGUCGCCAUCAACUCUCUGCUGCAGAUGGUCUUGUUCGCGCCUUUGGCAGUUCUCUUCAUCCAAGUCAUCAGCCGGGGUUCGGACUCGAUCCCGGUGGAGUACGGCCCGGUUGCGAAAAGCGUCGGUGUUUUCUUGGGCAUCCCUCUCGCUGGAGCCGUCGUCACCCGCUUCACCCUCCGAAACAUGGUCGGGAAAGAGUGGUAUGAACGCAGAUUCCUCAAGUGGAUAGGACCGCUCUCUCUGAUUGGGCUCCUCUUCACCAUCGUUGUCUUGUUCGGCUCACAAGGCCGGCGUGUCGUCCAUCAGAUCGUCUCUGUCGUCAGAGUGGCGGCGCCUCUGAUUGUCUACUUUGCGGUGGUGUUCUUGUCCUCGUUGGCCGUGACCAGGAGACUGGGAUUCGGAUACAAACUCGCCUGCACGCAGAGCUUCACCGCGGCCAGCAACAAUUUCGAGUUGGCAAUCGCGGUGGCCAUCGCCACCUACGGCGUCGACAGUGAUCAGGCACUGGCCGCAACCGUGGGGCCUCUUGUGGAGGUACCAGUCCUGCUCGGCCUCGUCUAUGUCGUUCGAUGGGUGGGAAGGCGGAAGGAUUGGAAGGCGUAG